ACAAGAAGAAGAAGAAGAAGAAGAAGAAGAAGUAGUAGCAGCUCCCGGCGCGUUUAAACAGCAGAAAGUUCGCUUAAGGAAUAAAGAGUAUAACCACAGUCAUCAUACGUGUUGUCUUCCAAGGGGAACUUUAGGUUUUAUUUUCAAGCCGGCUAUGGCAAAGAUCGUGUGGCUGUACUGAGCUUCCUUUCUGCUUCUCCUCUGGUCUCCGGCAGACCGCAUUUCUGUUUCUGAUGCGUGAUUGGAAAGAUAUACGCUCUCGUAGCUCACACAGCUUGUUCUUUCUGCAAGGUAGCCAGUAACAUGCUGGGAGGUCAGAUAGCCCACUGUCUCUACUAGUCCUACUCCAACUACAAAGCCCACGUGUCUCCUUCUCCGCUGGUGGAUCUUUAGGUCGGGUUAUUCUGAGAGGGGAUCCAGAGUGAGUACAUUAUAACUACAUUGGUUGCUUAACUCUAUAACUGUUUACAGGGUUUCUCUCUCUUAGCUAUUUUUUUUUCGUUUGUUCCUUGUGUUUAACGUCUCGGUUUGUCUGCCUGGAGCUUCCAGCAGUUCAGGACUUAAAUGUUUAAUCAUUUGAGUUCAGCUAUUUGUUUUACUUCUUUUGAAGGUGGUGUACUGAAAGUUACGAUUAUAUGAGAUGGAUAAAAUACAGCAUAAUCCACAAUUAAUAACAGAAUCACCAACCAGUAAUACGCCUUGAUGCAUGCUCAACUAUCCAGGCGACUGAUGGGAGGAGGAGAGUCUGAUGGAGGAGCAGCUCAGCCACUGCAGUGAGAAACAUCUGUUCUUCAUAAAAGGCAAAAGAAGGAAAAGCAAGCCAAAACCUCUGCACACUGAUGACCUAAAAAUAACCCACCCAAGGCCAACAAGUACAGAUAAACCAGUUGUGAUCCCUGUGGAAAAGACUUUUACCACUAUGAAGCAAGCCAGAAGACACCAGCGCACCGAUAGUGGGGACAGAAGCUUUAGAUGUGAUCGUUGUGGAAAGUCUUUUACUCAUAAUAGCAGCUUAAAAAGACAUCAGCUCAUCCAUGCUGAAGUUAAACCCUUUAGCUGUGAUCGGUGUGGAAAGUCUUUUUCUCAGCAUCACAGUUUAAAAAAACAUCAGCUCAUCCACACUGGAUUUAAACCAUUCAGCUGUGAACAGUGUGGAAAGUCUUUCACUUCCAAAAGUAACUUAAAAGGACAUCAGGUCAUCCACACUGGAGUUAAACCAUUCAGCUGCGACCAGUGUGGAAAGUCUUUCACUUCCAAAAGUAACUUAACAGCACAUCAGCUCAUCCACACUGGAUUUAAACCAUUCAGCUGUGAACAGUGUGGGAAGGCUUUUACUCAGGAUGGAAGCUUAAAAAAACAUCAGCUUAUCCACUCUGGUGUUAAACCAUUUAGCUGUAAUCAGUGUGGAAAGGCUUUUACUCACAAAAGGAACUUUAAAGAACAUCAGUUUAUCCAUGCUGGGGUUAAACCGUUCAGCUGUGAUCAGUGUGGAAAGUCUUUUACUCGCAAAAGUCACUUAAAAGGACAUCAGCUCCUCCAUGCUGGAGUUAAACCUUUUAGGUGUGAUCAGUGUGGAAACUGUUUUACUCACAAAAGUCACUUGAAAGAACAUCAGCUUAUCCAUGCUGGAGUAAAACCUUUUAGGUGUGAUCAGUGUGGAAACUGUUUUACUCACAAAAGUCACUUGAAACAACAUCAGCUCAUCCAUGCUGGAAUUAAACCAUUCAGCUGCAAUCAGUGUGGAAAGGCUUUUAAUCGCAAUAGUCACUUAAAACAACAUCUGCUCAUCCAUGCUGGAGUUAAAGCAUUCACCUGUGAUCAGUGUGGAAAGUCUUUUACUCAUAGAAGUCACUUAAAAGAUCAUCAGCUAAUCCAUGCUGGAGUUAAAUCAUUUGUCUGUGGCCAGUGUGGAAAGUCUUUUACUCAUAUUAGUAAUUUAAGAAAACAUCAACUCAUCCACACUGGAGUUAAAUCUUUUGUCUGUGGCCAGUGUGGAAAAUCUUUUACUCAUAUUAGUAAUUUAAGAAAACAUCAACUCAUCCACACUGGAGUCAAAUAAUUGUUUUGUGAUCACUGUGGAGGCUUUUACUUAUAUAGACAC